UUUGCGCAAGGAAAGUUUGGUGUGUAACUUUUCGAAACCUUAAACCGAGUAAAAGCAGGAAAUAUAAACGUUUUCGUCUGAAGCUACCUAUAUUUCUUUGUUGGAUAUUUUUGCGAGGAGGAAGACACAUCACGGAAACAAAGGAAUACGAAUUAUUUUGUAGUUCUAAUUUUGCAUGCCGCAAAGCAACAACCGUUUCGUCGGUAAAGAGAGAUGCUGCUGGAGACACCGAUAGCGCUCUUAAAAGACUGAAAUCUGAAGAGUUCCGGUACAUUAACGACGGCAUUUAAAAAUCUUUAGUGAUUUUUUUUGUUAACGUUGAAAGGAGCAAAACCUUCCGUGCUUGAUGGUUCGCAGUUUGGACAAAGCUUGCAAAGCGUGGCUUUAAAGGAGGACGUUUGAAACUCGGUCCAGUCGUGUUUUUUUUCCCCACCAAGAAUUCGGAUACUGAAGACUGAAAACGAGGUGUCACGUCAAACAGUAGUGUGAAGGAUAGCAAGUGGAUAGGUCGCGGAGUGUGCCGCGAUCACCCAGUCUCUGAAAGUCUCACACUGCAGUCUGACUACGGAGAUUUAAACAAACUUUUUUUACUCGAAGAAGUAACAUUUUACACGGCAUAUUACUGCAGCAUCACUUUUAAUUUUGUUGCCAAAACGGGAUAUUUAAUCGUCGUGACUGAGCACAUUAUGACCCGAAAUAAAAGCUGACAGAUUGUCAAGUUUUUAUUUAAAAUUUUUAUAAAGCUUUUGAGAAUUUUUAUAUUUGGCACACUUGCAGGAUUAUAUAUUUUUAUACUAACACUUCGUCGAAAUGUUCCAAACCAUGUACCUGUGGCUGUUUUUAGGCAUCGCCCAUGUAUCGUUUGCCGUAGAAGAAACCCUGCUGAACACCAAGCAAGAAACCUCAGAUCUGAAGUGGACCAUCUACCCGAAGGCUGAUGCACAGUGGGAAGAGGUGAGUGGACUCGACGAGGAAGGCAACAGUGUACGCACAUAUCAGAUCUGCAGCCUGGAGGGCAACCAAAACAACUGGCUGAGGACCACUUUCAUCCCCCGUCGGGGGUCUUCCUACAUCUAUGUGGAGAUCAGGUUCACCAUCAUGGAAUGCUCAUUCCUGCAAAGCAGUCAGGGCUGCAAAGAGACUUUCAACCUCUUCUACUUUGAGGAAAACUCAAAUGUGGCCAAUGACGUUUACCCAGCUUGGAUGGAAAAUCCAUAUGUCAAGGUGGACACUGUUGCGGCUGACUACCUCCUCCGCAAGGGCUCUCCUGGAAAGUUCAACACCAAAACACUUAAGCUGGGCCCUCUGACCAAAAAUGGCUUCUACCUAGCCUUUCAGGCGCAUGGCACUUGCAUGGCCCUCCUCUCAGUGCGUGUGUUCUUCAAGAAAUGCUCAGCUGUGACUGUGAACUUCACCCACUUUGAGGAAACUGUACCCCACAACCUGGUGGAGGAAGCAGUGGGACAGUGCGUGCCAAAUGCCCACUUGGACACCACUGUGCCAAGGAUGUUCUGUGGGGAGAAUGGCCAGUGGGUAGACCAAGUAACCUCGAGCUGUUUGUGUAAUGAAGGGUAUGAGCCAUCGGAGAAGAACACCAUGUGCAGAGCUUGUCCACUUAAGUACUUCAAAGCUGUCAGCGGGUCCAAAUCCUGUCAGCUCUGCCCACCAAACAGCUAUUCCUCUUCAACGGGAUCCAGAGUGUGCAUGUGCCGCAACGGCUUCUACCGGGCCUCAACGGAUCCUCCUCAGGCUCCCUGCACCACUACACCCACAGCGCCUCGCAGGACUGAGACACAGAUCAAUGACACAUCGGUCAUUCUUCAAUGGAGCGAGCCUCUGGAAACUGGCAACCGCGUGGACCUCAGCUACAAUGUCAUCUGCCGGAGGUGUAUGGGUUCUCUGGGUUCUUGUGGAAGCUGCGAGGAAAGUGUCUCCUACAGACCCCAGCAGAGGGGACUCACGAAGGGCAUGGUCACCAUCUGGGGGUUGUCUCCUUACACGACCUACAGCUUCGAGAUCCAGGCAGUAAAUGGAGUAUCUGAUCAGAGUCCCUCAGCUCCACAGUCUGAGACGGUUAACAUCACCACCAACAGAAACAUGCCUGCUCCAGAUUUCAAGAUUCGCCCGAAGGAGGUGACCAGUCGCAGUAUGACACUUUGUUGGACAGCUCCUAGUCGACCCAGCUACACCAUUUUGGAUUAUGAAGUCAAGUACUACGAGAAGGAUCAAGGUGAGGCUGGGGCCCUGUAUGUUAAAACCACAGAGAGCAUGGUGGUGCAUAACGAUCUGAAGCCUGGGACUGUUUAUAUGGUGCAAGUGCGGGCACGGACUGAGGCCGGCUAUGGAAGCUUCAGCAAGAGUGUGGCCUUCAGCACUGAACCUGAAGAACACGUCAUGAAGGAUCAGCAAGUGAUGUUAAUUGCAGGAACAGCAACUUUUGCAAUUCUUGUAGUGAUAGUGGCCAUCAUUGUGUCGAUCAUCUUCAUCAGGAAACAUGGCAGCUCCAAGGAUCCAGAGUACUCGGAUAAGCAUGGGCAGUACCUCAUUGGUCACGGGACAAAGGUCUACAUUGAUCCCUUCACAUAUGAGGACCCCAACGAAGCUGUCCGCGAGUUUGCCAAGGAAAUCGACGUCUCCUGCGUGAAGAUUGAGGAGGUGAUUGGGGCUGGUGAAUUUGGUGAGGUGUGUCGUGGCCGUUUGAAGGUCCCCGGGAAGAAAGAGAACUAUGUGGCCAUCAAGACCCUCAAAGGAGGCUACACAGAAAAGCAGAGGAGAGACUUCCUAAGCGAAGCGAGCAUCAUGGGCCAGUUUGAUCACCCUAACAUCAUCCGGUUAGAAGGAGUCAUCACAAACAGCUGCCCAGUCAUGAUCAUCACAGAGUAUAUGGAGAAUGGCGCUCUGGAUUCUUUCCUGCGGCUCAACGAUGGGCAGUUUACCCCAAUCCAGCUGGUUGGAAUGUUGCGUGGGAUUGCCUCUGGGAUGAAGUAUCUCUCAGAAAUGAGCUACGUCCAUCGUGACCUGGCCGCCCGUAACAUCUUGGUGAACAGCAACCUGGUGUGCAAGGUGUCCGAUUUUGGGUUGUCGCGUUUCUUAGAGGAGAAUUCUUCAGACCCAACCUACACAAGCUCUCUGGGUGGCAAGAUCCCGAUACGGUGGACGGCUCCAGAGGCCAUUGCAUUCCGCAAGUUCACCUCCUCAAGCGAUGUGUGGAGUUAUGGAAUUGUCAUGUGGGAAGUGAUGUCAUUUGGUGAAAGGCCUUACUGGGACAUGUCUAACCAAGAUGUCAUCAAUGCCAUCGAACAAGACUACCGGCUGCCUCCGCCACCUGACUGCCCCACAUCUCUACACCAACUCAUGCUGGACUGUUGGCAGAAGGAGCGAAAUGCCCGGCCGCGCUUCACGCAGAUUGUCAGCGCCCUGGAUAAGCUCAUCCGUAACCCUGCGAGCCUCAAGGUUGUGUCACGUGAGGGAGGAGGGCCUUCCCAUCCACUCCUGGACCAACGCCUUCCCCCGUUCUCUUCAUUCAGCUCAGUGGGCGAAUGGCUACGAGCGAUCAAAAUGGGACGCUACGAGGAGAGCUUUGUCCAGGCCGGGUUCAGCAACUUUGAUUUAGUCAGCCAAAUUUCCACAGAAGACUUGCUACGGAUUGGGGUGACCUUAGCCGGCCACCAGAAGAAAAUCCUAGCCAGCAUUCAGAACAUGAGGGUACAAAUGAAAAAUCCACACCCUGGCCACUUCUGACGGACACUGCUCCAGCCUCUUCUUUUACGGACGUCCGGCCUGGCUGGGACCACUCUCGUAGUCUUACAAACUCCCAGGAGUGCUUUACUGGGAACUCUGGUGCUAUGUGAGGCUAUGAGAGGUGUUGCACUUUGCGUUCUUCUCGCCUUCCUUUCUGGAGCAACAAUCGGUAGAUGACUUAUUGUCCUGAAAUCCCUGUUCCCUUGAAGUCACAGAGGUCGCUGUACAUUUCAGUUUAUCCUGAAUUUAUCGGGUUUACCAUGUCCAGGACGAUGACGCCGUUUUAAAGACCCCUUGUUGAUUACCUUGACAUUUUUUUCCCCUUUCUCCUGCGGAUUAUGCCGACUUGAAUGAAUUGGUGGAAACCAACAAACUGUUCAUUUCAAGGCCUUGCCUGACCAGAACAUGUUCCUCUGCUCUAAAGACUGCUUCAUUGGUCAUGUCUGCAGGGAAUCCACAAUGGGGGCUGAAAGGACUGCAGGGGCACAGCUGCUUUAAACCCAAUUCCACGCACUCUGCCAGUGCUUUCUAUCUCUUGCUUUUUUUGUUUUUUUGUUUUACUUGGAGAAUCUUGUCCUGCAACCACCAAUGUUACAAGCCAAACUUCAUCUGGAAUUUUUUUUGAAGGAUGUGGCUGGUGAAGUCUUCCAGUGCCUGACCAGUUGGCGAUCUCUACACACAGCUGCUUCUCUGCCUGCCAUUCAAUCCUCCAGUAAACUUCAAUAAAGGCUGGGAUAUGACGCCUUUUCAGUUUGACUCGCACCGUGAUGAAGCCGAGCCCGACCCUAAAGUCCCAUGGAAGUGGGACAGGGGGACGCACAUAUGGGGGUGCCUAGAGACUGGACUGGGCUUGCCACUUCUGUUGCCUCACUGAAAGAAGCUCUUCAGAGAGUACAAGCCAUAGAGUGAGCGUUGACCUUUGACUCUGAAACAUUACUGUGAGCAGGGCAGCAAUCAUUUAGACCCCGCAGUAAUCGCAGGAUUCAUGGGAAUGUAUAUGAGAUCUUCAUAUUGAAGAUAUUAUUAAGAAUAAUAAUAAUACUUAAACAUGGUAUCUUUUAUAUAUCUCUGUAUAAUUAUAUAUAAACACAUUGGGAUCGGGAUAAAGCCUUUUCAGUACCAUCCAUAGUUUUUAAUACACUUUAUUACAGGCACUCCGGCAAACAGACUUGCAUUUUUGAAAGUGGCUGAAUUUGUUAGUUUGCUUCAGUGAAUUUAUUUGAGGUUUCUUUCACUGCAUUUAAAUGUUCCAAUGAACUUUCUUUAUAGGAAUUAUCGUUAUCUUUUUUGUAAGUUAAAUAUUUAAAUUGGUUGGCUUGUUCAUUCAUUUGGUCAUAUGGAAUGUUUGGUUGUUUUAUUGACCAGUUAGAUUUUUAAACUUAAUAUUGAAAACUUCCUCAAAACCCUACUAUUUUUAUUUUUACUGUGAGUUUAAAUUCAGUUCUUGAUAGGCGCUUUUUAAAAUUUUUUUUAACUUUUUAAUCUUAAAAAAAAAAAAAAAAA